UUUUUGAUGCGCAUUUCUGAUUCUGACAUUGACAAAAUAAGUAAAUUAUUACAUUCAGUUAGAACAACAAAAGAAAAUUCAGACUGCUAUAUGCGCAAUUAUUAAAUUUAAAAAAAAAGCAAGCUAAAUAUAUUAAAAAUGGACAUUCAAACGAAAAUCGACAAAAAAUCGUUAGCUCCCGACGUCGCUUUAAACGCAGUUUUAGCUCCAAGUCAAGAGUUACCUGCAGACACACCAAUAGUGUCAGGUUACAACUGGGAAUAUGGCACGGAUUACAAUAAAAUACUAGAAAGUUACGUCCAUUCUGGUUUCCAAGCCACUAACUUUGGAAAAGCCAUAGCAGAAAUCAAUAAAAUGCUCAAAUGCAGAUCUGUCCCUCUUAAAGAAGAAACUAGCGAUCCGUACGAAGAGGAUAAUUUUAUCAAGAAGAAAACUAACUGUACUAUAUUUCUAGGAUACACUUCUAACAUGAUUUCGUCUGGACUACGAGAUACUAUACUAUUUCUCGUUAAAAAUAAGCUUGUUGACUGCAUUGUUACCACUGCUGGAGGUGUUGAAGAGGAUUUUAUUAAGUGUCUUGCUCCUACUUAUGUAGGAGAUUUUAAUUUAAGCGGCAAAGUAUUAAGGACGCGGGGAAUCAAUAGGAUUGGUAAUUUGUUAGUACCGAACGACAAUUACUGUUUGUUUGAAGAGUGGGUAACGCCUUUGCUAAACGAAAUGCUCGACGAACAAAUCACUGAUGGAACUGUGUGGACUCCUUCACGAAUUAUUACACGACUAGGAGAAAGAAUAAAUAAUGAGAAUUCUGUCUGUUACUGGGCAUGGAGAAACAGUAUUCCGAUAUUCAGUCCAGCUUUAACAGAUGGUUCUCUAGGCGAUAUGAUGUAUUUUCAUUCUUACAAACGUCCAGGACUUAUUAUCGAUAUUCUUGGGGACUUGCGUAGGCUUAAUACGAUGGCCGUGAAGGCAAAUAAUACGGGUAUGAUUAUUCUAGGUGGUGGUUUAAUAAAACACCAUAUUUGUAAUGCUAAUUUAAUGAGGAACGGGGCAGAUUUUGCUGUGUAUGUGAACACGGCAAGUGAAUUUGAUGGCAGCGACGCAGGUGCUAGACCAGAUGAAGCUGUGUCCUGGGGCAAAAUUCGAGCAAAUGCAACACCUGUCAAAUUAUAUGCUGAUGCUACACUUGUGUUUCCAUUGCUUGUAGCACAGACAUUUGCUAAGUAUCAUUUUAGCAAUAAAAAAAAUGUAUAAAA